GCAUCAGAAUGCCCGAACCCCAGAAGGCCGCGCCCAAGAAGGGCUCCAAGAAAGCCGUUACCAAGGCUCCUGGUAAGGGUAAAGGGAAGAGGAGGAAGACCAGGAAGGAAAGCUACGCUAUCUACGUGUACAAGGUUCUCAAACAGGUGCACCCUGACACCGGUAUCUCGUCCAAGGCCAUGAGCAUCAUGAACUCCUUCGUCAACGACAUCUUCGAGCGCAUCGCUUCCGAGGCAUCUCGCCUGGCUCAUUACAACAAGAGAUCCACCAUCACAUCCCGGGAGAUCCAGACCGCAGUGCGACUCCUGCUGCCCGGUGAGCUGGCCAAGCAUGCCGUGUCUGAGGGCACCAAGGCGGUCACCAAGUACACCAGCUCCAAGUAGACCAUGUGACGUCAUUGCAACAACCAACGGCUCUUUUAAGAGCCACACAAUCCUACUAAGGAAACAUUUACCUAAAUAUUAUAUAAUUGAUGUGUACUCAAAACUGACCUACAAAUUGUUCAAUAGUGCGUCUCGCUAAGAUUGUUAGGAGUCAAAAUAAUUGUCAAAACAUGUUUCUUUACAAAGAAUGAUUGGCUUCAGUCAUGUUUGAUGUAAAUCAGAAUAAUUUAAACUCUAAUUUUAAUUACACUAAUAUUCUAAAGCUUUACAUUGAGAGAUAGUCAUGAGUAUGACAAGUCAUUGGGAUUUAAAAAUCAUAAUUUUGAAAUGC